UUCCAAACGCUUUUUACAUUUAGUUCCCAACAGAAACAACAAAUCUACUCUUAUUAUCACAUUGAAACAUUUGAUAAUGUAACCACGUAAAUUAAAUAGAGAAAAACAGUGAUUAUUCGUAUCAUUUUUAUUUAUUAAAAACGGACGUUGAUUAUGUAACGAACGAGUUUGAACUGUGUGUAAUGACCGGAAUGAAUAAAACUCAUGUUUCCACCUGUGCUGUAAUUCAGCGCUGCGCAAAAAAAAAGGAAAAUGCACGUGUGUUUGGGAUGGCGCAGGUAAAGCUUACCUGUUUUGAUCCCACUACACUUCAUAGUCAUUACCUCUUCACAAAAAUAAAGAGAAAAGAAAAUAGUUUUGUUGAAGUGAAAUGCAGUUUUUGGUGGAAACAGAUGUGAAAGAGGUUCAAUCGAAAUGCGAUAAAAACUGUGCCACAGUGACCUUCCAGCAUUAAGUAAGAACCUGUUUACAUUCAGCACUAACUAGUAGUAAUUUAGUCGUAUCAUAUAUUGUUGGCAUGAAUUUGUAACCAUGGAUAGAAUUUUGAAUUUCCUAAAGAAUAUAAAAUUUUCAAAUUUCUUCGGCGAAAUUAAUCUGACCAUGAUCGGUCCAAUUUGUUUCUUCCUCUCGACGAUUUUGCUCAUCUUCGUCGGUGCGGAAAUCCCGAGGAUCAAAGAUGCCAAAGAAUUGAAGCUGUUGCACGUUGUGAUGAGGCAUGGGAUUCGAACUCCAGUCAGUACUUAUCCGAACGAUCCGUAUAUUAACGAGAGAUUCGACCCGAACGGUUGGGGUCAACUGACUAAUGAAGGAAUUCGGGAUUUGUAUGAAUUCGGAGGAUAUUUGAGAGGAAAGUAUGGCUCGUUCCUUGGUGACAAGUUCAACAGCAGCGAGUUUUAUUCCCAGGCGACUGGAGUCGAUAGGGCAUUAGCAAGUAUUAUGGCUGUGAACGCUGGAUUAUGGAAGCCCAACAAAGCUCAAACGUGGAUGCCCAAUUUGCGUUGGAAACCUAUCCCUGUUUUAUCCCAGCCUUUGGAUGAAGAUAUGUUAUUGUUGGUGCGUAAGGAUUGCCCGCAAUACAAUUUAGAGCUUAAAAGAGUUGAGGAAUCUCCGGAGAUCCAGCAGAAGUUGCUGGAGAAUCAAGAGCUGUUCAAGUAUAUCCAGGAGAAGAGUGGACAGAAGAUGGAGAAUUUCUAUGACGUGGAAGAUAUCUACACGACGCUUCUUGCUGAACAAUCGUUUGGGUUGAAAUUGCCGAAAUGGACGAAAGGAUAUUUCCCGGAGAAGAUGGUGGAUGCGGCCAGCAUGUCGUUCGUGUUGAAGGCGUACAACGAUAAAUUGCAGAGGUUGAAAGGAGGUGUUUUGCUGAAGAAACUCUUAGGUGAUUGGACUGGAAAGGCCGCUAACACUUUGAAGACUAAGGCUUUUGUUUACGGUGGUCACGACACGACCAUCUCCAACCUUUUGAGUACCCUGAAGAUAUUCGACCCGCAGGUUCCCAAUUAUGGGAUGGCCGUCAUCUUCGAAUUGCUCUUCGACCAUGAGACCAACACUUACGGAUUGGAGAUCUUUGUGAAGAAUUCGACUGCGCGUCCUUACCAAAUGCAAUUACCAGGAUGCGAUAAGUUCUGCCCGUUGGAGACGGUGAUCAAGAAGACUAAACCAGUGGUGCCAGUGUCUUGGCAUGAGGAAUGCUUCACCGAUGAUCCAGAUUACAAGCCUCCAGAACAGGGUGGUCCAUAAGAAUAUUUUGGUGCAUUUGUUGUACCGGUUCUAUAAAUAAACGAAAGCGGUUUGCUGCAUCCCCAGA